CUAUCAGCUUCUCCAGCUCUUGCAGAAGCUCACCACUCGAGCUCUGUCUGAACUCUGAAGAUGGAGGAGCACUACACCAUGAAGAAGCCGAGGUUGCUUCUUCUUUCCUUGGAGGUGAUACUGAUUGCUCUUCUUCUUCCUCUCCGUGGUGCACAUUGUGAGAGCUCUACUCAAGGUGAAGGCGGCGGUGGCGGCGCCGGCGCCGGCGCGGCGAACCUGACGGUGACCGGCACGGUGUUCUGCGACGCCUGCUCCUCCAGCUCCUUCUCCAACCACAGCUACUUCUUGCCAGGUGUCAAAGUGAGAAUCGACUGCAUGAUCAGCGUGAAAUCGGCGUCCAAGGAGGAGAUCAAGAUCACCGCCGAGAAGGUGACCAACACCUUCGGCGCGUACCAGCUCGACAUCCCGGCGAUCGACGGCUUCGAGUGCGCCACCUCCGCCGCCGCCGCCGCCGACUCCUUCUGCCGCGCCGCCGUCAUCGACAACCCCUCGCCGCUCUGCAACGUGCCGGCGGUCACCACCACCGUCGGCCACAUCUCCUCCUCCUCCUCCGGCCACGACCACGACCAGCCCAACGCCUGCCUCUACAACCUCAACUCCCUCUACUACCGCCCCGGCGGCGCCAAGAACGGCGGCCAGUGCGGCGGCACCGGCGGCGGAGGCGACGUGCCCCCCGCCGCGCUGAACACGUCGCUGUUCUACUGCCCGCCGUGGCCGUGGCCGCCGAUCCCGUUCUGCACGCCGCGCCCGUGGUUCCCGCCCAUCCCGUUCCUCACGCCGCCGCCGCCGCCGUUCCUCCCGUUCCCGCUCCCGCCGAUCCCGUUCCUCACGCCGCCGUCGCCGCCGCCGCCGGCGUUCCCGUUCCCGCUCCCGCCAUGGCCGUGGGCGCCGCCGCCGGCGUUCCCGUUCCCGCACCUCCCGCCAAUCUUCUCGCCGCCGUCACCGCCCCCGCCGCCGCCACCGGCGUUCCCGUUCCCGUUCCCGCAGCUGCCGCCUCUCCCGCACUUCCCACCGCUGCCAUCAUUCUACCCAUCGCCACCUCCGCCUCCGCCGCCGCCGCCGCCACCGCCGCCAUCGUUCCCGUGGCCGUUCCCGCCAUUGGCGCCGCUUUUCCCGCCAUAUCCAUCUCCUCCACCGUCGAUGUAUUCUCGCAAAGAUCCGAGCACUUGGUCGUCGUCUUCCAAACAGCAGCCAUGAGUAAAAAAUACAUUUUGCUUGUGCUGGAAAUUGUAUUGUGUACUAUGUAUAUGAGCUUUUUUUUAUGGAUUGUUUAGUGUAAGAGUGCAUUUGGCUAUUUGCACUCUGUAUACAAAUAUUUGUAGAUUUUAGGUUUAAAAGAAUGAAGAUUAGGUUAAUCCUACUUUGUGACUAUGAAAGGGUAAAAUAAUCGCGGCUUGUGCUCUCUCUGUCUUCGACUGUUUGGUAGUGUGGAAAUUUGGCAUACAGGUUAAUAUCAAACAGUGAGUCUCAACUUAUGUUUUGAA